UCACAGCUUCGCCAAGGUCCUGCCAUUGCGCUCCCGCAUCUUCCCAGUCGCUUCGCCCUUCUUAGCACCCGCCGUAGUCCACCCAUAGGGGUCCACGGCCAACGCCUCAUCAACCAAGACCGUGAGCCCGAGCUUCCCUACCUCUCGGGGCGCAGUAGUAGCGCCAGCAGCACCAGUACCAGUCGUGGCGCCAGUAGUAGUAGCAGGGGCAGCAGCAGCAGCAUCCAGAGCGUCCCACCGGCGCACCGAGCCCUCGAGAUCAAAAACGUCAAUCUCAGGGUAAGCCGCACGUCCAAGGGCGUUCGUAGACGAGCUACACGAGGCGCAGGGGCGGUCGCUGCGCGCGGUGCUGAUGGUGAUGUCGUGGGCGCGGCUGAGGCCGUGCGUGCAUGGCUGGGCGGCGAAGGGCCAGGUCGUGGCGGUGUGGAUGAGGGGCGCGAGGGCGUGGGCGCAGAGCGUGAUGGUUGUGUGGUGGUGGGUGCAGGUGAAGUGCGUGUGUGCUGUGUGGCACAUGGUUGGAUGGUGUGUGUUUGGGUGCCGGUGAUGUGGGGUUGUUUAGGGUUGUUUGGUGUUGAUGGUGAUGGUGAUGCUGAUUCUUUUCUGGUGGAUUGAGAGGGAUGUGGUAUGAGGAGGAGUUGUUGUUGUGGUCUGUAAUGUAAGUUGACAGUGGAGUUGGUUUAUAUAUUCUAGGUGGUCGAUGGGGGUAGUGAAGUGAAAGUGAGAGAAAGAUCGUGAUUGCCCGAUUAGUAUUGGAUACCAGCAGCAAUAUUGCACUGUGUGAAAGUUAGUAUUGUGUCUAAUAUAGGUUAAG